AUGUCGGUGAAGCCCAUCCGAGAGCAUGCAGGGAAGGCCCUUCUGGAGAAGUACUUGCCAGAGGUCUCCGGCGGCAAGCACAAGAUGGGGUGCGCAGGUGUUUUGGUGACUCCUGCGGUGCUGGACAGCACUGGGAGCCAGACCUGGGACAGCAUUCUGCAGGCGAACCCAUGGCUGAAGACCACCAACUUGGUGGCCAAGCCGGACCAGCUCAUCAAGCGCCGUGGCAAAGCAGGCCUGAUCGCUGUGAACAAAACCUUCGACGAGGCCAAGCAGUGGGUGAUGGAUCGUAUGUGCAAGGAGCAGCAGGUGGAGCACGUCACCGGGCAGUUGAACCACUUCUUGGUCGAGCCUUUCGUGCCCCACAAGCAGGAGCAGGAGCACUACAUCUGCAUGCUGUCCCACCGUUAUCACGACGAGAUCCUCUUCUAUCACGAGGGCGGUGUUGAUGUGGGUGAUGUCGACGCGAAGGCGGAGAAGUUGGAGCUUCCCACGGGUGAAGCGCUGACGGAGGCCAUCGUGACAGAGAAGCUGUUGAGCAAGAUGCCGGCUGCCAAGAAAGGCAACAUGGCAUCCUUCGUUGUCAGCCUGUACAAGUUCUACACCGAUCUGCACUUUGCAUAUCUGGAGAUCAACCCUCUCGUCAUGCUGGAUGACAACACCGUGAUCCCACUCGAUAUGGCUGCCAAGAUUGACGAGACUGCCAACUUCCUCUGUGCCCAGAAAUGGGGAGAGCUGGAUUGGCCUCCACCGUUCGGAAGGGCCGCCUACCCGGAGGAGGCUCUCAUCCGCGACAUGGAUGGACGCACCGGGGCCUCUCUGAAGCUAACCAUCCUCAACGAGAAGGGCCGGGUUUGGACGAUGGUCGCAGGCGGAGGCGCCUCCGUCGUGUAUGCUGACACCGUGGCCGAUUACGGCAUGGGCUCAGAGCUCGCAAACUAUGGAGAGUACUCCGGAGCUCCGUCCACCGAGGAGACUUUCGUCUAUGCCAAAACCCUGUUGUCCCUGAUGAUGAAGUACAAGCACCCUGAGGGCAAGUUUCUGAUCAUUGGUGGAGGCAUCGCCAACUUCACGGACGUGGCUGCGACGUUCACAGGACUUAUCAAGGCGCUCCAGGAGUACGCCGAUGACAUCAAGGAGCACAAGAUCAAGAUCCUGAUUCGCCGCGCCGGUCCCAACUACCUUGAAGGCCUGCGCAAGGUGAAGGCUGCCAGCGACAAGCUUGGCCUCGGCAUCAAGGUGUACGGCCCGGAGACCCACAUCACCGCGGUGAUCCCAAUGGCCCUGGGAAAGAUCGAUCCCCUGCCGGAACCGGACCUGUCUGCUCCUUGCGGUCCUCCGGUUCGCAAGAUGAUUGACCUCAAGGGCAAGAAGCCCACGCCAAAGGGCCAUCCUGCUCCGCCUGCAGGCACCAAGCACACACUCGUGACGGCAACGCCAGAGACCACUUCGAUUGUGUACGGCAUGCAAAACCGAGCUGUUCAAGGUAUGUUGGACUUUGACUUCAUGUGCAAGCGCAAGAAGCCGUCCGUGGAUGCCAUGGUCUUCCCUUUCUCCGGAAACCAUUAUGUCAAGUUCUACUGGGGCACAGAGGAGAUUCUCAUGCCUGUCUACACUACGACCAAGGAGGCGGUGCAGAAGCAUCCCAGCGCCUCCGUGUUCGUGAACUUUGCUUCCUUCCGCUCCGUGCACGAAACCUCUAUGGAGGCCAUGAACUACAGCAACUUGAAGACAAUCGCCAUCAUUGCCGAGGGUGUGCCUGAGCAGCAGACCAGGGACAUCAUCAAGGUCGCCGAGAAGAAGGGUGUAGGCAUCAUCGGUCCAGCAACUGUGGGUGGCAUCAAGCCUGGCUGUCUCCGCAUCGGGAACACUGGUGGCAUGUUGGACAACAUUGUGAUGUCCCGUCUCUACCGACCGGGUUCUGUUGCCUACGUUUCCAAGUCCGGAGGAAUGUCCAACGAGCUCAACAACAUCGUGUGCCGCAACUCGAACGGUGUCUACGAAGGUGUUGCCAUCGGUGGCGACCGCUACCCUGGCAGCAGGUUCUUGGAUCACUUCCUUCGCUACCAGGACGACCCCAACGCCAAGAUGCUGCUGCUGCUUGGAGAGGUUGGCGGAAUCGACGAGUACGACCUGAUCGACGCCGUGAAGAAGGGCCGAAUCACCAAGCCAGUCGUGGCCUGGUGCGUGGGCACUUGUGCCUCGUGCUUCACUACGGAGGUGCAGUUUGGACACGCCGGUGCGCAGGCCCGCGGCGACAUGGAGACGGCAGCAGCGAAAAACAAGGCAAUGAAGGAAGCUGGUUUCCACGUGCCAGACUCCUUCGAUCUGCUUCCGGAGAUGAUCAACAAGGUCUACACCACCCUGGUCGAGGCUGGUGAGAUCGUGGAGCAGCAUGAGGGCGAGACCCCCCAGGUGCCUAUGGACUACACCUGGGCAAAGAAGCUUGGAAUGGUCAGGAAGCCUGCAAACUUCAUCUCAUCCAUCUCUGAUGAUCGCGGAGAGGAGCUGACGUACUGCGGCAUGAGCAUCUCAGACGUCUUCACCAAGGACAUUGGCAUCGGCGGAGUUCUCUCCCUCUUGUGGUUCCGUCGCCAACUUCCUGCCUACGCAACGAAGUUCAUCGAGAUGAUUCUCAUGGUCACAGCCGACCAUGGUCCAGCAGUGAGUGGUGCACACAACACCAUCGUCACAGCCCGCGCAGGCAAGGAUCUCGUGUCCUCUCUUUGCAGCGGCCUGCUGACGAUUGGGCCUCGCUUCGGUGGUGCGCUGGAUGAUGCGGCAAGAAUGUUCGCAGAUGCACAGGGCAGCGGAGUGGCGCCCAAGGAUUGGAUCGAGAAGAUGAAGAAGAGCAACCAGCUCAUCAUGGGCAUCGGACACAGGAUCAAGUCCUUGGCGAAUCCUGACCAGCGAGUGGAGAUCAUCAAGGGUUUCGCCAAGAAGAACUUCAACUCUACGCCCGUUCUUGACUAUGCACUCGCAGUCGAGCAGAUCACUACCCGCAAGCGAGCAAAUCUGAUCCUGAACGUCGACGGAUGCAUCGCCGUGUCGUUCGUGGACAUGAUCAGGUCUUGCGGGGCCUUCUCGAAGGAAGAGUGCGACGACCUCAUGGCCUUCGGCUGCCUCAAUGGCCUGUUCGUUCUAGGCCGCUCCAUCGGCUUCAUCGGCCACUACCUGGACCAGCUUCGGCUGAAGCAGCCGCUGUACCGCCAUCCUUGGGACGACAUCACCUACAUCCAGGAGCUUGCUGGCCAGGGGCCGGAGUGA